UGUUGAAUUUCGGUAGUGGAAACAUAAACAACAAUUUUGACAUUUUACACAUAAAUUGGGAAAAGGAGGAAGAGAGCAUCGCUUUCUCAGACGCCGCUGUCCCUUCCUUAUCGGUUCUUCUUCUUCUUCUUCUUCUUCUUCUUCUUCUUCUGGGUGUUCUGUAAACACGUUCUUGAAGAAAAGUAUUUGGUGGGUAUAUUAUUUUUGGGGGUUUCGAAGUUGUGGGAUUAUGUAUUAUCGGCUAUCGAGGUCUUCUUGUAAGGAUUCUCUGAAAGUCCUCGAAGAAGAUGUAAAUCGCGCCAAUGCUCUGGCUGUUGCAAUUCCAAGAGCCAAACAUGGUUCAUAUCUCCAAAUGAAAUUGGUUUACAGUCAAUUAGCUCCACUGUUUCUGUUUUUGAUGCAAUGGGUGGAUUGUUCUUGCACAUGUGUUCUUCCCAGAUACCUAAAUUUCUUCCACAUACUUGUUUACAAGGUUUACACAGAUGGAAGACCCAACCUGUCAGCCCAUGGAAGAAAGGCCACUCUCAAAGAUUUUUAUGCUGUGAUAUUGCCAUCCCUUCAACGGCUCCAAGCGAACGCCAGGGAGUUGGAUAACGCUAAAGAGAAGCGUGUGGGAGUCGAAGGAGAUGGAAAGCUCUCCAAUGGUGAUGUAGAGAGAGAAGAAGAAUGUGGGAUUUGCUUAGAAGCUUCCACAAAGAUGGUGUUGCCAAACUGCUGCCAUUCAAUGUGCAUCAAAUGCUACCACAAUUGGAACACGAGAUCGGAGUCGUGCCCGUUUUGUCGGGGGAGCUUGAAGAGGAUCAAAUCAGAGGAUUUGUGGGUGCUAACUUGCAGUGAAGAUGUGGUUGACACUGAAAAAGUCUCCAAGGAAGAUCUGUCACGGUUCUAUCUCUAUAUAAGCAGCCUGCCAAAGGAAUAUCCAGACGCCCUUUUCUUAGUUUAUUAUGAAUACUUGAUUUGAACCAAACUAAACCAAUUUCUGUACAGAUCCCUUCAUAGCCGACCGUCAAAUGUAAACACUGAGUUGGGUGUCCAAAACUUGCUCCUUUUUAUGAAAUGAAAUGAAAUGGUUUACAACUAAA